CUGGUUUUGUGUUUGAUGAGUCAACCUGAAUCUCUUUCAUGUUCAUCCCACCUGUAGCUGUCCAGGACUCCCUCUGGAGAUCACCUGCCUGAGGAAGGAUUCUUUAGUGUGGUAGUUGUCAUAUAUCAAACUGUCAUGUGUCAAAAGCACUUCACAUCCUGCUUCAGGGCCAUGGUAACAUCCACUAAAGCUUUUGGCUCUUCCUUCAGCAGGAAGGUCAGAACUGGACAAAACAGAUAGGGUUGAAGCUGGACACCACUAGAGAGCAGGGAAAUGUGUUUCUGAACAGGGACAGACAGCAAAUACUUGAGAGAAAUCCUGGUCACAUUUUUUGUGAGCACUGUGCCAUUCUUGGAAUGAAACCUGUUUUUGAUGGUGAGGUAAUUUCUGAAAGAACCAGGUUUUUGAUAGAAUUCCCCCUUAUGAACUCUGCACUGGUUUGCAUUUGCUUUCACAGCCUUUUGAGCAGAUUGUUUUCUAAGUCCAGGCAAUAAAGCAGGAGUUUGUUGAGCAUUUGGGGAAGUGUGGCCUGGUGAGUUGGGUGUAAUCUUCUUAGCCAGAAGAGCUUGCAUAACACGCAGUAAAGUGCAGGAUGUCUGAUUGAGGCUGCCUUGAUAAUCCCUACACAGCCACUGGAGAGUUGGCUGCUCCCUAGGAAGUGAGGGAAGGGGGAAUUGUGCUCCAGGUGGCUUAGGUACGCUGAAGAAUUGUUUAUUCUGAGAUUGGUGCUGUUAAUGUGAGUCUUGCACUAGGCAGUUUUAUUCUGAAGCAUUGUUGGAUGUACAGGUGCUUCAAGAAAUGAAAACACGGCUUUGUUUCUUUUAGUCAUAAAUUAUAACUUGUUCUUCUGAAACAAUUGCUUGGAAUAAUUCCCAUGGUUCUGCUUUAUGCCAGAACAGGUGUUCUGAUGCUGACAUGAUGUUAUCAGUUGUGAACUCUGCAAGAUUUGAAUCCAAAGCCUUGAGUUCAUUGUCCAAGUUCAGAGCCGAGGUCAAAGAGCUGCCACGUACAGGCGCUUGCAGAUCUUUGGGCUGCUGAUGGUGUGCAGACAGACAGACUGCAGGAGGAAAGGGCAGCCAGUGUGACACAGUGACAGCAUUGAGCCACCUCCUUACGUGGACACCUUGAUCAGCCCAGCAAGCUGUGAUACUUUGUGCUUGGACACAGGUGACGUGGCAAAACUGGCUUGCAAGUAGUUAAAAUUCCAAGGGCAGUGCCGUUGGUGGCUGUCACUUGCCAGAGCAACACAGCCCUGAACAUCAUCUGAUGGGAAAGUAGCAAGGGCUGUGCCAAAGGGAAAACCAAAGGACUCAUUUCUCCAGUGAAUUCUGGCAUUUAAUUGUGAAGUUUUCCUGGUGGACACCUGAUCUUUCUUUCCCAGACCAAAGGAUCCCUCUGAUGGGCAGCUGAUACUCAGUGACAGCAUUGGGUGCUGCAGCAGGAAGAGAUGAUAUGAAGUGCUGUUAAUCCUCUGACACCGUGCCCUGGAUCCUCAUGGUAUGUCUGAAGGACACAUCUCUGCAUGUUCUGGAUAUGCCAGGUGAAGCCCAAGAAUAACUUUCCAUGGGAGUUUGUGACCUCUUAAAGAGGAAGAAGUCAAGAGAGGGCAACUUUUAGUCUAUAUUUAGCCCUAGGUUGUCCUCAUGAAUACUCCCGUGGAGAAUGUCCCUGAUCUUCUUUGCCUGUGUGGUGCGGGUGAAGGAUGGGCUUCCCCUCUCAGCCUCCACAGAUUUCCAUCUCAACCAGGACUUUCUGGAAUGCAGGAAAAGACUGAAGGCGUUAUCCUCGAUCCUGGCGCGGUAUCCCAGCCGGGGCACAGCGAAAGGACGUAACCUGAGCAUUCAUUUCCUUUCUUCUGGGGAUAUUGCCUGCAUGGCAAUCUGUUCCAGCAGCUACUCAACCAUCAUGGCCUUCUGCUUCCUGGAAGAGCUUCGGUGGGAAUUUGCUGCUUCCUACAACACAAGGAGCAUAAAUUCAGCUUCCAGACCAUAUGCAUUUAUUGAAUUUGAUAACAUCAUUCAGAAGGUGAAACAGCAUUUCAACAGCACCCGUGGCUCCCGGGCCAGGGGCAGCUGGGAGAGGGUGGAGGAGGAGCUGAAGCUGCAGCCCCCGGUGCAGCUGCAGCUGGAGGCCACGGAGCUGCUGAACGGGCUCAGCAACGGAGGGCACGCAGGAGGCCAUGUGGAGGUUGUCCCCACUUACAGAAUGCAGCCUGUGACCCCCCUGGGGAUUCUGUCACUUGUUCUGAACAUCAUGUGUGGAGCUCUGAACCUGAUCCGAGGAGUUCACCUGGCAGAAUAUUCCUUUCAGGAGGACCACGAAGGAAUUGGAAAUGUGAUAGCUUUUUUUCUACCUUUUCUAGCCUGUGUUUUUCAGUGUUACCUGUACCUCUUCUACAGCUCAGCCAGGAAGGUGAAGACAUUUGUGCUCCUUUUCUGUGUCUGUUCAUGCAACAUCUACUUGUAUGGAUUACGGAACCUCUGGCAAAUCUCCUUCCACAUAGGAGUGGCUUCUCUUUCCUCCUACCAGAUCCUGACAAGGCAGCUCCUGGAGAAGCAGCCUGACUGUGGUGUAUGAAAAAAAACAAACUUGGGGUUUGCUACUCUGUUUUUACAACUUUUUCUUUUUUUUUUUUUUAUUCACCUGGCCAAAAAUAGCUCAGAGUGUUUUUUAACCAUCCAUGGCAAUGGUUAUUGCAAAGAGAACAGUUCCAAGCAACUUGGGAUAAGCAGGAGACUGUAAUUAUGUCCAACACACAGCAAAGGGUGCAUGGUAGAGCUUGUCAGGUGUCACCAACAGGUGGAAGUUCUUACCAUCAGCAGGCUUUUCCUCCUUGGCUGCCACCAUCCAGACAGCAUUUUGCCAUUUGUCUCGCUGGCUCUGUGACAGUUUGGCUGGUCAGUCUUGCCCUGCUGCUGCAAAUACUCAGAUUGUGCUGUAAAACAAAGGUAAAGUGAGGGGUGACAUUUUUGUCUCUAGAAUUUGUUAUGAUUCUUGGUAAAUGUGAGUAAAGAGGUUGUUUGCUCUAAUUAGGUGAGUGUAGUAUCAGUGGGAAAAAUGCUGAGGGUGAGCUUCAGGGUCAUUUUUCUAGGUUUGGAAGGACAGGAAAAGGCUGUGGCUCUUUUAUAAAUCAUAAAGUCUAUAAAUAUCUCCUUGGCUGAACAGCACAUUGCAGUUAAGUGUGUGCUCAUGGGUUAAUUGCAAAUAUGCUUGGGGCAGCAGAAAAUAAUCCAGGUGGAUGUAAGUGAUCUGUCAGCUCUUGUGGCCUUUGUUUCCUUGGCUAAGGUCACUUUUAGGAUAAGGGCAAUUCCAUGUUUGCUUGGCCUCUAUGGAUAAUAAAUCUUCCAAGCCUGUUUAUGACAGGCCACUGACUCCCUCACCUUUUUUUUUAAAAAAAUGAGUAGCUGGUGAGUAGAAAACCAUUUCCAGGAAUGGGAAGCACGAGCAGGUUCUCUUUGUUCUGUAAAACACCUGUGGUUCAUGGUGGUGACUUCUUACACUGAGCUGAGUUUCUGAGUGUGCACUUUGGAGCAGGGGACUGCAGGGCUGGAAUUCCCAACCUCUGCUGCACUGGGAGUUCUGCUCUGUCAUGGAUCGAGGUGCACAGGGGCAUUUUAGGGCAUAGAUGAAUAGUUUAGGCUGGCUGUUAAAAAAAAUGCAUAGCAGUUUGAUGCAGCUGUCCUUGAGGCCUUGCAGAGAUUCAAACUGAGAUGUAGAGAACUGUAGGUGUGUUAUUGUGGAAUUACGGUCCUAAAAUUUCCUUUCAUUUUUUUUCUUUCUGGUCAUCCCCCAUUUCUAUCACCAAAGAUUUGUUUUUCCUCUCACAUAGUCUCUACCUCUGGUUGCAAAGGGAUUAACGUGCAGCAGAGUUGUCUUUUUUGCAGGAACACUUCACAAAAUUCCUUUUAUCUCAGUGAGUUUUCCUGGAAUCUCAGGAUGCAAUCAGACCUGAAAUGUGUGGUGCUGUACCUUGGCAGCACUUCUGGAUGCAGCUGACUGCAGCAACAGCAUCCAUGGGCAGCCCAUUACAACCUGGACAGUUCCUAGGACAUCAGGAGACUUAGUGCCAGAGCUUUUCUCAGGAGGAAAACGUAGGGAUUUCUUUUCCCCUGCAUUUACUGUAACAGCAACGUGAUAAAAACCUCCAAACUGAGGAACAGUCUGGUAGGAAUGAUGGAGGAAUAUUUUAGCCAGGCAUUUAAGGACACAGCUUGAGCUGUGUGCCAUAAGGGAAAGGUUUUCUGUUAUAAGGGAGUGGAUUAAAGUUGUUUGUCUGUCAUUAUCCCAGUUUUCUGUCAGAGUGGAAAUGCAGAAAUGAAGCCACAAUUCAACCACUGUCCCUGAGACACCAAGAUGACCCCACAGAUGAGAGGAGUUUUGUACUGCUCUUAAUUUUCCUACUGUUCAGUCCCAGUUUUCCUUGGUAAAUUACUUCUGGAGACUGCAGGGAACUCAGCCACAAGUUUGGAUUACAAGUUAAAAAAAAAAUCUGAAAAAAGAACACCCCAAAAAUCUGACACUAGAAAUGCAACACUUUAAGGAUAAUAGAUCUGAUGGCUGGUGGUGUUUUCCAGGAGCAUAAAUUGGGUAUCAACCCACUGCAUUCCUGUGGGGAAAGGUUGAAGUGUUUUAUACUACAGACAGACCAAACUUCAUGAGAUGGACUUGAGGACAGAAGUCAACUCCCUGCUCCUGCCUUUUAUCCUCCCUCUGGCUAAAGAGUCCAGAAGAGCUUUUCAUGUUUCUCUUGGGCUUGCCCAAAGCCUGCCCUGCUCUGGUCUGAGGCACACAGAGCAUUUACAGCUGGGCAUUCCUCAGCCUGGUAGGGAGCUGAUUGGAAAAAUUGUGACAUUCCUGAUGCUUCCCGAGCAUCCAACUGCUCUGUCCUGAAACAGAUCCAUCCCUGAGCCAGGGGAUGGCAGCCACAGCUCUGCAAACAAGGGGUAGAACAGGGUGUUUGUGUAAUUGUGCAAUUAGCAGAGAGAGGAGAAAAGUUAAAUUCAGCUUUUCUUGAAUUGCUUUUCCUAAAAAUGUUCCACUAAAAUCAAACCGAAUCAGUUGGUUCAGUUCUGCCUUUACCUAAACUUCUAUUUUUUUUGCUUUGUGGAUUUUUGGGAGAUGUGACUGAAUCAUCAGAUAUUUUCUACCCAAUGACAAAAAUGACAAAGCUGUUUUGGAGUUGGUCUUAAUCCCUUUGCAACUUUUUUAUUUUCCUGUAAUAUGUGUAAAUCAUAUUAAGGAAUCCACAUGGAUUAGUCUGUGUGCUCUUUGUAGGUUUGGGUUGGGAUUCCAGGAUGAGGCAGAGCACACGGAGUUUGACCUAUUUUUAUUUUUAAUUUGCUAUUUAUUCCAUAUUCACAUGGUAUUUAUACAGUUAAACAUUUUCUCCUCUUGCAAAACAGCAAGAGGAAUAGAAUAGUUUACAUUGAUCUCAAUGCUUUAAGAUUUAAUAAAAAAGAAUGACUUGCAGUUUGAGAACACAAAAUCUGACUCAUAACCUGGGAUUUUUCCUGUAUUGAAUCAAAUCCCCAAAGAGGAAUCCAUCCCUUUUUGUUCAACUUUAAACUGGUUAAUGUGGUUUGAAUUGCAUCUUCUUCAUUCUGUCACUUUGCAAGAUAAGUCUUUUGGAAACUCUUUUCCUCUCCCAGCAGCUCAGCACAAGCAAAUUGGCAAAGAAUAAACUUCAAUAAUUUCCAGAUUUGCAGUGCUUAGUCACUUUAUGAAGCUGGUAAUUCUCUGGAUUUUUUGGGUUUUUUUCCCCUUUCUCCCAAAGAUCUGUUGAGUUUGUAGAAGGUGGGCUGGUACCUUUUUAGACGUUUUUGCACUGUAUUAAUAAUUGAACCUGUGUAAAUGUGUAUAAAAUCAUUUUGCAUGUAUAUAUGUACAUAUAUCUAAUAAAUGGCUUUUUUUU